ACUAAGAUAGACGGAAACCGGAUAUCGGCGAUUAGUUAAGGUAAAUAGAUACGCGGAAGUGACAAUAUCUCUCGAUCUAUCGACCUACAACACUAUUUCGAAGAUUAAAUCUUAUGAAAAUAUAAAUGUCAAGUAUGGCAUCGCAUGCAUUGAGAUUACAAAAAUAGACAUGUGAUCUUUACAUUAUCCUCAAAUUUUGAUUCAACUUAGAGAGUAACCUAGAGCAAAUUUUGAUUCCUCUUUAAGUCUUAGAGAGUAACCUAGAGCAAUGGCAAGAUUGUUGAAUGACAUUCCAAGAUGGAUUCUUAUUGCUGUAUGGAUAGCAGGCAACAUAGGGAUGUUUGUGUAUGCUUACUUGUUAUAUAAACAGUCGGCAGAUUUCUACUAUCUCAGGCUUAUUGUAGGGGAUGCAUUACCAUGGGCGAGGGCUAGUGCUGCAUGCCUUAACCUCAACUGUAUGUUAAUAUUGUUUCCUGUUUGUCGUAACCUCCUUUCCUUUCUCAGGGGAUCUUUAAAGAGAUGCUGCAAGAAGUCAGUGAGACGACAGUUGGACAAACAUAUAACAUUCCAUAGAUAUAUAGCUUAUAUGAUCUGUCUACAUACUGCUGUACAUAUCGGAUCACAUGUGUUUAAUGUGGAACGUAUGUUUGUUGCUCAUAAUGGCAUUACAGAAGAAGAUAUUGAAUCAGAGGAGGAAAAUGUAAAAGGAGUUCUCUCUGCCCUCAGUAACCUUGACGAUGGUAACCCGUAUGAGACAUAUAUUAACCCUGUUAGAGAUGCUACUGAGGAACCAUCUCUGUUUGUAGUAAAGACGGUUGCGGGUAUCUCAGGACUUGUUGCUACUCUAGCUUUAAUAAUUAUGGUCAGCUCAUCAACAGAGGUUAUACGGAGAUCAUAUUUUGAGCUGUUCUGGUUUACACAUCAUUUGUUUGUGUUGUUCUUCAUCGGAAUAUGUGUCCAUGGUUUACAAGGUAUAGUGCGUGGUCAGACAAAUACAGAUGUACACGACCCCGAGGCUUGUCAAUAUAAAUAUGAUGAAUGGGGUCAAAUUGAUGAAUGUCCAUUUCCACAAUUUGCUGCUUCAAGUCCAGGUACAUGGAAGUGGGUUAUUGGUCCACUAAUACUGUAUUUUAUAGAAAGAGGUGUAAGAUUUAUACGUUCAAAGCAGCAAGUUGUGAUAAGUAAGGUGGUUAAGCAUCCGUCCAAUGUAUUUGAGUUGCAGAUGAAGAAGAGAGGGUUUAGAAUGGGAGCUGGUCAAUAUAUCUUCUUACAUUGUCCAAAAAUAUCCUACCUCGAAUGGCAUCCAUUCACCCUUACAUCAGCCCCAGAUGACGAUUAUUUCUCCGUACAUAUCAGACGAGUAGGUAACUGGACCAAUGACCUUGCCAAGGCUUGUCAUGUGGAUGAAGCUGAGUUCAAGGAAACUUGGAAACUACCUAGUGUGGCAGUGGAUGGACCAUUUGGUACAGCUACAGAAGAUAUUUUCUCGUAUGAAGUUGAUAUUUUUGUUGCUGCUGGAAUAGGUGUUACACCUUUUGCAUCUGUUCUAAAACAUAUAUGCUAUACCCUGACUGGCAGGUACAAGAAACAGGUAGCUGACCCAGACUUUAAGUUGAAGAAAGUUUAUUUUUACUGGAUAUGUCCAGACACCAAUGCUUUUGAAUGGCUUCAUGACUUACUACGAUACUAUGACAAACAGAUGGCGGAAACUGGUUUUACAGACUUCCUAAAAUAUUUUGUGUUUCUGACAAGAGGCUGGGACAGAAAUCUGGCAAAGGCUAUAGUUUUACAUGAGGAGGAUAUUUACGAUCCUGUGACGGGGUUGUAUCAGAAAACACACUAUGGUAGACCAAACUGGGACCAAAUUAUGCCAAAUAUAGCCAAAGAUCAUCCAGGGACAAAGAUAGGAGUGUUUUUCUGCGGACCAAAAGUGUUAUCGAGCACUUUACAUAAGGCAUGUAACCAGCAUUCAUCUAAAGAAGGGGCAACUUUCUACUACAACAAGGAAAACUUCUAAUUUGUUUCUGUAACAUUCCAAUUUAAUUGUAUGAAAACUGUUAUAUUUUGUGUAUUAGCAUCCACAGAGUUUUUAUGAGUUUUGUCAUUCAAAGAGAUAUGGAUAAAGUUGUUAAUAUGGCCAAAUAUACUUGCAGAAGUUAUAAUAUGAACCAAAUUCCUUGCCAGAUUGAAAAAUGAAAAAUUAAGAUAUGGAAACUCUUCUUUAUCAUACAUUUUAAUUAUGGUCAUGUUUAAUUUAUGCUUAAUAGGGCCUCAAUCAUUUUGCAUGGAUAUCUAAAAUAUAAAUAUGAAGUAUAUGACAGGAAAGCACAGAAGAGUAAUUGGCAGUUAAUAAGAAUCCUAUUUACUGUAAGUUUUAUACUAGAGUGUAAAAAAACUACAGUUUAAUAAUGUACAGCAAAUACUCAUGUUUUACUUUUUAUUUUAUGAACAUUCCAAAGAUAUAAUUGGAUCAUAUUAAUUUAUAUCAUAACAAUAUGAUGUUAUUUCAAACUUAAGCCCUAACCUGCUAAAUUUCUUAAAUGGGUCUUCUUUUAUUGAAGCUGUCCGUUAUCAACUUUGGGAAUAUCAAGAUAAAAUUGACCGCCCGCAUGACAUAACAACCCUUUACAUUGCUUACUUUUCUAAAAUUCAAUUUUAUAGCUCUUGAAAUAAUUAAAAAAGCUCCUAAAAUUGCUGAUUGUUACCUGUUCAUAUUUGUCUUUAAACAUGUCAAGGGAAAUAACUUUUUUAUAUUUUAAACGUCAGUGACAAUUUCUUUUGACUUCGCUUUAAGGGUUGAUUUCUAAUGCCAGCGCUCAAAUAUAAAUCAGUAUAGACCCUAAUCAAGAGUCCAUUGUUGUGCAGGCUGGCCUGGCUCUUUACUUAUCUUUCCAUUCCAUCAGGUAUAGUGUAAAUAAAAAUGUUUGUUGCAAUUUAACAAUUUAUACUAUCUCCUAUAUAUAUUUUUUUUCAUUUUUUAUACUCUGUUAUAUGUACAUGUCUGAUGGAAGAAAAGUUCCACAUAUUUAUCUAAUCUAUUAAUUUGUGACUUUUGUUGUAAAGUGUUAUACUUACCAACUUUUAAGACUAACAGUUUAAAGAAAAUGUAAGGUAAACCAAUAAUAUUAAUAUCCUAAUGGUUCAUGCAUAAUUUUUAUUGUUUAUACUCUACAAAUUAUAUUUAUAAUGAUAUUAGAUUUUUUUGAUACCUAGUAAUUAUUAAGUCCAUGAUUUAAAAGACGGAUAAGACAAUUAAUAAUUGUUCUAUGGUUAAGAGAGACUUGUAUAUGAUUCUUGGAUUAUGACAUAAUAAUAUAUCUACAACAAAUACUCAUAUCUAUAUAUAUAUGUUUUAGAAUUUAGACAUUUCCCAGGGUGAUAUUUCAGCUUUGAAUUUGAAAGUGACUUUUGUCCAACUCUUAUAGGGGGCAGGGGACAUAUUCGAAUGAUGGCCCCGGUCAAAUUUUUUAAUAACUCAGACAUGGUGUUUUGAAGGUACUGAUAACUUCUGAUAUUUCUCUGUCAUUGUAAUUCUUCCUUGUUUGUGUGUAGGAAAUGAGAUAUAUUUUUGGGUUUUUACCCGAAACUAAGCAUUUUGGUAGCUUUGUAUGUAUUUCUGACUCUCCGAAUGGAGGUGAAAAAGUUAAAAAUCAAGCUUUGACAGUUGGCGCCAAACAAGUAAGAAAUUUCAGAUAAAUUUUGUGAAAAAUCUAAACGUAUGACAGACACUUUAUUUGUCAUUUCUGAAAAUGCCAUGGCUUGCACUGCGUGUUACUGAUAUUUUUAAAGGAAUCGGGCGGAUUCUGGAGUAUGCUGCACCUUCAUGAAGAUUGCCUAUAUUGGUAUAUUUUAGGUGUGAUUUUGGCUGGGUGGGGGUAAAUAUAAAUUGCUGUCAGUCAUUUUUUGAAGGAGCAAUGCAUGCAAACUAUUAUUUUCUUCAAUGUAUGUCAUAUAUCAUUGAAUAAUGCUGUGCAACUGGUUAUCUGCCUGUGAAACAGAUUUUGAAAUAUUUGGAAUUGUGUUUCUGGUCACACUGAAAUACAAAAUUUUUCAUUUUUAGGUCCCCUGCCCCCUUAAGGAAAUUUUCAAAUUUAUAAAAUGCGUUGGAUUUGACCCAAAUGUGCCCAUAAACAUUCCUUCUACAUUUGUUAGUCAAAAUUUGAAGUGACUGGUAGGAUUUAUCAAGUUAUGUAGAGAAAGUAGACUGUCAAGUCAAGGGAGGUAAUAAAAAUUUGGAAUUUUGGCAAACACUGUACUUCACAAAAUGUGCACAUUUAUCCAGAAUUAACAGUUUUAUAUUGUGCAAAUUGACAUAAUAAUGCAUAAUUGAGCACUUUUAAUUGUUACAAAUGUACAUAAUGUCAUAUAAGUCAACAGUGGUAUCUUUACUGCAUUUUUAGGUGUAUGCCAGAAUAAAUGGGGUCUGGUUUCCUGUGAAAUUCAUUUUGGGACAUUAAAUGUGGCUGUAAUAUUGUUUUUCUUGCUAUAAUAUCCUUCCAAAAGACUUUAAAUACUCUGAAAAUACUUUAUGGUAUUAAAAUGAAGGUGGAAAACAGAAAAAUAACCAUCUCACAGGUUUCUGGCACUUGAUAUUAAGUAAAUCAUAUAACAGGCAUGGUCAUUGUACUAGUUACUUCCCCUGAAAUAGGGUCUUUUUUAAAUAUUUGAUUAAAUACAAAGUAACCGCAGUAUUCACUUUUCGAAGUUAACGUUUAAUGCGAAAUACUCCAUAUUUUAAGAAAAUAAAAGGAAACGCUUUAAUACGGGUCACAUAAAAAAUCUUAAGGGGGCAGGGGACAUAUUCGAAUGAUGGCCCCGGUCAAAUUUUUUAAUAACUCAGACAUGGUGUUUUGAAGGUACUGAUAACUUCUGAUAUUUCUCUGUCAUUGUAAUUCUUCCUUGUUUGUGUGUAGGAAAUGAGAUAUAUUUUUGGGUUUUUACCCGAAACUAAGCAUUUUGGUAGCUUUGUAUGUAUUUCUGACUCUCCGAAUGGAGGUGAAAAAGUUAAAAAUCAAGCUUUGACAGUUGGCGCCAAACAAGUAAGAAAUUUCAGAUAAAUUUUGUGAAAAAUCUAAACGUAUGACAGACACUUUAUUUGUCAUUUCUGAAAAUGCCAUGGCUUGCACUGCGUGUUACUGAUAUUUUUAAAGGAAUCGGGCGGAUUCUGGAGUAUGCUGCACCUUCAUGAAGAUUGCCUAUAUUGGUAUAUUUUAGGUGUGAUUUUGGCUGGGUGGGGGUAAAUAUAAAUUGCUGUCAGUCAUUUUUUGAAGGAGCAAUGCAUGCAAACUAUUAUUUUCUUCAAUGUAUGUCAUAUAUCAUUGAAUAAUGCUGUGCAACUGGUUAUCUGCCUGUGAAACAGAUUUUGAAAUAUUUGGAAUUGUGUUUCUGGUCACACUGAAAUACAAAAUUUUUCAUUUUUAGGUCCCCUGCCCCCUAUAGAGUGCGUUCCAUCUGCUUGACAGUGCAGGUGUUCCUGAUUCUAUACUGAUAUCUGUCUAUCUCCACAAGUGCUCAAUAUAUUGAUAGUUCCCCCUUUAGAUCUCACUCUUCAUAUUGUUUAUCUAUUUUUAUGUUGUUAAUAUGUACUUUUUUUCAUGACAUUUUGACAAUCUAUAUAUUUUAAUAUAUCUUUUUUUGUAAAUUUUCUCAAUAUAAAAUUUCUCCACAAAAAGUAUAGAAAUCGCCACUAUUAUAAGGAAAUAUUCAUUAAAGCAGAAUGUCUUCAGAUUCAUGGUACUUUUCAUGAAAAUUUUGAAAUUGUAUUUAAAAGUAAACUAUUGUGAAGUAAACAAUGAAAAUAAAUUACACGUUGCAUGAAGGUCAAUACAGUUUGCGUAAAGAACCAAAAGGAGGUCAAAAUAUCAUGCAGUAGAAAUAUGGUGAUAAAUACUGCAAAAUUAGUAAUUAAUCGCAUAAAACAUGUAAGUUAUUACUUGAAUCUUUUUACUUUUCCUAAAAGUUUAGUACAUUGUUUUCAAGUUGAAUUUCUUUAAAUAUUUUGGCUCAUCUGGAGGCAUGCAGCUUUAAUAAAAUGAAUGUAUAUUGGGAAAUAAUACAAUAGAACAAAGAGACACAAUAUAUGUUUAAUUACAUGAAAUCUGACACAAAGAAAAUAUGUAUGUUUUGUCAUUUUGUUUAGCUUUACAUAAAUGAAAGCUUUAGUUUUAAUAAGAUUUUUAUUUGCUUGCUUAUUUGAGAAAUUUGAACCAGAGUCACAUAAAGAAGUAUUGUCAAUUACAUGUUUCUUUUGAGUUUUAUUAUAUACAAAAGUUUAAUCUGUCUAAACAAAUUGUUCAGGAGCCACAAGAUUAAUAUAUUUUCAGGCACUGUUUUGUAACAAUGUCCUUUCUUGAACAAAUAUUUUUACAUACAUGUAGUUAAAUCGUUGGGUGAUUCUCUUUCUAGUCACAGAAAUUAACCGAGGAAUUUAGUGUUGUAAUUUGUAUAUGUUCAGCUUAAAUUUGUUCCUUGCGUUACAAAAUCGAGUACAGUAUUUGUUAAUUGGUAUGUUAUAUAAUAAGCAAUUUGUUUAAUGCUGAAGAUAUGUGUACAUGUUUUUGAGAAAUAUAAUUAAGCCAGAUAUUAAAUGUCUGAUUGGUUGAGGUUUUUGACUUUGGUGGUUCUACUCGGGUAGUUGUUUGUGCCCGACAUAAUGCACAGAGGUCUUUCUCCACCAGUAAAGCUAGCAAGUUGUCAUAUGACCUAUGCUGUGUUGGUGUUAUGUAAAACUCAAACAAACAAAAAAGUAAAACGUCACCUUUAUUUAAUUCCAUUCAAUUAAGGAUAAACAUUUGCUUGGCGUAAUUACAUAUUACAUGUAUAACAUUAUCAAGAACUUGUAAAUCAAAACUUGUUGAAUUAUUUAGAAUCUAGCUAGAUUUUCUAUAAGAAGCUGUCAGAAGUGCAAUAUAAUAAAAAAUGCAUAAUAAAAUGAUAGGAUAUUUUGCAUAUUCAUAUUUUUUUCUAUUUUCAUUGGGUUGAUUUAACUGGAAAAGAAUAACAACCAAUAUUAUUCUUGCAAUUUACUUUCUACAAUUUUAGAAGAUUUGAUAAGUAUUUUUUCUAAGAAUUGACAAAUCAGGUAUGUUUGAUUUGGGUAAAUAUAGAUCAGUCACAUUGUGUUUGUAAUUAUUUCAAUGUUUAGAGGAAGCUGGUCUUUCCUCUCUAUUUAUUAUAUAACAUUACAUAUAUAUCAGUUUUGUAAGCUACCUGUAUGUUGUCAAAGUGUUUGAUGUAGUUAUUUCUGGAUUUCUUAUGCAUAUAUAUUAUAGGGGCUUCCACUCUUGAAUAUAAACAUUGUUGUUUUUUACUUUUUUUUACUGCAAAACUUGCUCUCUUGUAGAAUAGUGAAUAGAGUGUGCAAUUAUCAAAUAUAUUACUAAGUUCCUAUCAUUAUUUACAUAAUUUCCAAACACUACUAAUACUUGUACAUUGAACAACCUACAUAUCAUUUUCUUGUAUAAUCUUGUAUUAUUUCUUCAUUGAGAUAUCCUGAUUUUAUUUUAUAAUGCUCACAAAUAUCAUGAAGAAAUUUAAUCAUUUUGAAAUUUUGUCGCUAUAAGGAAUUGAUCUUAUUCAGGUAAAAUUGUCAAGAAAUUUUUUUUAACAACGAAUAAAUCAUCAGCUGGCCUGAUUAUUGGAGAGACAGAGCUUUGAUUUUGUUGCCGUGUUAUAUUCUAUGUAUCUAUACACCGGUGCUUUACUAAGGCCAAAAAAUUAAAUACAUAGGCAUAUAUAUAUACAUGUUUGUACCAUGAUUCUGUGAAAUACUCUUGUUAAUAUAUUAAAGUGCCUUGUAUGCAGUACAAUAUAUAUAUUUUGUCAUUCUAUAUUAUUAUUCAUAUACACAAGCCUGAUUUCUUUAUUGCUUUAUAUUGUUCAUAAUAAAAUUUCUAUAGAA